GCUGCCAGCAGUGGUGGUGUUCUGACGGAGUUUGUGUGUUCUCUCCCUGUCUCCCCUUCCCUCUCCCACCCUCCCUUUCAUUCAUCCGAUUCAGAUUGACGGAAAGGAAAUAAACUCCAUCAGCAUCAGAACUCAAGGAUAUGAUUUAUUUUGUUAUUGCGAGUGUGUGAAAAAAGUUGAAAUUGAAACCCAACAGCUGCAAAGAAAAUGAUUACGAACAUAAAAAGGGCAAAAAUGGAAGAUCCAUUGAGUGUAGGUGGUGAUAGACGGAAUGUGAAGGAACUGGUGGAUAAUAACAACAAUGCUAGCAACAAUAACACCAGUGGGGAAGGUGUGGUAAGCGCCACCGCUAGGUGUGAUACCUCCAGUUGUGGCGCCACUAGUAGGUGUGUCGAUGCUACUAUUAGAUGUAACGGUGCCGCCCCUGGGUGCAACGACGCCAUCAGGUGCGACGCCAAUCCUGUGGGAGGUUCCGGUGGCAAGUACCAGCUGAGGCCUCGAUCUCUCCAGUCCCGGCGUCGUUCCGACAGUGAGUGGUGUCUCCAGGACUCCCUGAGACACAAACCACGGCCGCCGCCGCUCUCCAGGUACCGCAGGAAGACCGCCAACGCCAGGGAGAGGUAUCGCAUGCGGCAGAUCAACACGGCCUUCGAGAGCCUGCGCGGCGUCUUGCCUUCCUGGGUGUGUAGUAGUCGCGCAGCUUCGGACAUGACCAAAAUCACCACGCUGAGACUGGCGUCCGCUUACAUCAGAUCACUUCAGGAUAUCCUCGAUGGCAAAGCCCACCAGGACACUUGCUCCUGGAUCCUAUCAAGUAUCCUAGGAGAAACUCCUAAACAGACCCAGAUUAGUCAGUACACUGCAAUCCCAGAUAAAAUCCAGCAACCUCCCGCAUAUGUGAACCAAGAAUCCGACUACGUAUCGCUGCUUUGCAAUCCUCCGACUUCUGACAUGUACCACGACAACCUGGAGUCGUUCUCGUACCUGUCACCCAUGUCUGAGACCGAGGCCAUGGCCCUCCUGCUGGGAUCUGACCCUCCACGCACUUGGAGUGACAACCAACACCUCCCUCUUGUGACGUAACGAACCAUUGAUACCUAGCUCCUGCUGAGACAUGGAUCGCAUCCCCAAAGGAGAAACUGAAACUGUCACUUUGAUGUUGCAUAUCGCCAGUCUAAUGCUCAUUCUUAUCGAGUAAUUUACACCAGCAGAUAAAAUACAGGGUUUUAUACAUUGCAUCAGAGUUCUGCACAAGUUCUUACGUGGUCUAAUGCAAUGAGAAUAUACUUUCUUCAAGCGUUCUAAUGCAGCCCGCUAAAGUGAAAAAUAUGACUACAGGUAUUCUUAUGUAACUUGCUGCACUGAUAAAAAAAAAUGCCUUACCAGAGAGCUAAGACAGUGAUGUUUUAUUGUAUUAUUUAUUUCUGUAAUACUUUCACAGAAACUUCAGGCUAAGAGUAAUGUUGUAACGUGUGACAACGCGAAGUGAUGGUAAGUUUAGGACUGCGCUCUGUAAAUGAGAUUCCCAUCUCUCUUGUCGCGUUUACAACCUCUACUCUCACAGUUUACCCUCGACCUUGUAGUCCUGGAGUUGAAGAUCGAAAUUUGACACUUUUACGACUCUUGAUAAGAUUUCUGUUUUAUAGCCACUAAAUAAUGACUGAUUUAAUAGCCUCAUAGUGCCUCGAAUCACUGUAAAGAUUAGCUCGUUGCUGCAAAUACCGCUAUAGUUUGUGUUGGACAAUAAACACAAACAUUCCCCACCUUAUCUAAGCAGUCUCCGGUGAUGUCGACCAAUUAGUUUAACCCCAGGCUGUGUUCCUAGUUAACAGCUUAUCGCAAACCAUGAAUACCAAAGGUGGCCACUAGGUAUUGGUCGUCAAUGUAAGGAGGAAUCGUCACCUGCUUAAUAAGGUCAAGAGGGUAGGGAGUGAUUUAUUAUGCAGUAUUUGAUCCUGAUAUGGCUAAGGGACAAGGUCUUCAUCAAAGUGUAAUGGGUUGUGCUCGACGGGUUGAAAACAUCUUCAUACUGAUUAUCUGCUGCCCAGAAACAUAUUUUGUUUUUUUUUUAGCUUCUGGUUAGACGGAUACAAGAGUGGUAAUGGUUGGGUGUGAGUAGACCCGACCUAGCAUGGGCCAGUAAGCCCAUUUGUUAUGGUCGUAAUGUACAUAACUCGACGUGAAGAUAUGACUCUCCAUAACAAAUGAUAGAUAUUUUGUUCUUCCAUGAACACUUAUAAUAUAGAAACACUGAUCACUAGUGCUCAUGAUCCUCUCACCUUCGAUCAGUAAAACAAAAUUAGUAGUGGAAAUAAGCUUGGCUUGGUGACCCGGCUCUAUUCACUGCACCAACACUUACAAUUACACUCUUGACUCCGGGUAAUUUAAGGCAACAAAUGAGUCUGCCUUCUUAAAAAAAAAAGAGUUUGUCAAUUAUUCAGUUACUCUUGACUAUAUAAAAGUUACUCUUAUAUUUCUUCUGGCUCUUGCCUCGUGAUGUUUCCUUGUAACACGUGUUCUAGACAUUUAGUAACAAUACAUCAUUCACAGGUGAAAGCAUAUUCCAAGCAUCUAGUAACGACAUGGCAUCCCAUGGUAGAAAGGUGUUCUAAGUAUCCUAUAAAACAGCCCCCACAGGAGAUGUAUUCUAGUAAGACAGCAUCUAUAGAUGGAGCUGUGUUCUUAACAUCUAGCAAGACACAAAACACAGGUGGGGAUAACUUAUAAAUAUCUAGCAUGACACAACUGCCAUUACCAAGUAUAGCAGACUUUGGUCCAGGUAGUGCCUCCACUGAAGGAUUAAGUAUUUCAUAUCUAAUUUAAUUUAGCUGAAGAAA